AUGGAACAACAUAUUUUAACAUUCCCUCCAAAAGAAUUAACAAAAUACUCAUUUUUGGAAACAUACGGCCUUCUUUAUUCUGUAUAUACAGACCUACUUUUAUCUCAAUUCUGGUUAAAGUUAAAAAUUCAUUGUUUACCAUCUAAUCGCUCAAUUAUUGAAGGAAUCUCACCUCAAAACCACAAAACUUUAUAUGUUUAUCCAUGUUCAUAUAAGGAAAAUGUUUCUAUAGAAAAAUUAAAUAAAUUAUAUCAAGAAUUUCGAAAUAUACGUAAUGAGGAUGAACCUUUAUUACUAGGAAUUGUAAGCUCAGAUAGCACAAUUGUUUAUUAUAAAAUGAAUGAGGGCCUAGUCAAACCAAGGAGAAAUGAUGAAGAUUAAUUUAAAAAGUGGCAUAUUUUAUUGAAUUAUUUGAUGAUUAAUAGAAAAAAACAUUUCUCAUUGUAACAGCAAUGCUUUUGAAAAAGAAUAUAUAGUUGCUAAAUAUAAUAAAUCAUUUAUUAGAGAUUGAAAUGUAUAAUCUCACUGUUUCAGCACCUAUUUUUCAAGAAUUGUAUAUAUGUAAUAAUGUUCAAUAAAUUUAUGAAAAGGAAAGAUUAACGAUAAAUGAAUAGAAAUAUAUU